AUGACUGCAAAAGCAAUGGCUGCAAGAAAGAAAGUACUCGCUCCCUCGACUCCGGACCCUCUGAAGGCACCUCCUUCGUAUAAAAGAGGUGUUGUCCCUAGGUACCUGCGGUCUCAGAAGAAAGAACAACAGAAAGGAGGUGAAGAGUUAUUUGAUUCCCAACAAGGAUACAUUCCUCUCCCAAAUGACACUAGGAAAGAAGUGCUUACAUUGCUCAGGAAAAGUUUUGCCGAUUUGGCUCAUCAGCUAAACAUGCUGCCACUUCGACCGCCAAACCUAGAGAUUCGAGAAAGGAGAAUGGACAUUGAGAAGCAGCUGGAUAAACUAGAAGAAGCAAUUCAAGUAUUUUCUCAGCCUGAAGUAUCUGUGAAACUUGCACUUCACAAAAGGAGUGCGAAAAGUGUCUGA